AUGACUAAACGAGAUAAGGAGAGAGAGGGACUACUGGAGAACAUGACCAGUGAGGUGGAGACCAGUAAAAGACAACUGGAGUCACUGGAAAAGGAACUGCAGGACAGGAACAGUCAACUACAGGACCUGAGAACCCAACUACAAGAACAAGAUCCAGAUCCUCCUCAUGUCAGGAGAAGAAACAGUAUGGAGAGGUAUGAACCAAACAUGUGUGUUGCAGUGGGAGGUCCAGCGCCCCCAGUGUCUCCUGCUGUGUCUGAGCUGAGGCUGGUGCUGCUGGGGGGGAGCACAGCUGGGAAGAGGGCAGCAGGAAACACCAUCCUGGGCACAGAGGAGUUUGGGAGGCAGGCCAGCACACUCACACCCACACACACAUCCGCAGAGACCCAGCACAGUGAGAGCAGAGAGGGGGAGGUGGCUGGGAGACGGGUGACCGUGGUGGAAACUCCAGACUGGUUCUGCAGUGGACUCUCUGAGAAGGACCUGAGACAGGACGUGGGGCGUUGUGUCCGUCUGUCUGCCCCAGGACCUCACGCCUUCCUCCUGGUGAUUCCAGUGGAGCCGUCUGAAGGAGUGGAGAGGAAGAUGCUGGAGAAAAUGGAGGAUAUGUUUGGGGAGGGCUGUUGGGGACACACACUGAUCCUCUUCACCCAUGCUGAGGGGAUGAGAGAGAGGAGUGUGGAGGAGUUGCUCCAGACAGGGAGCCAGGAGCUCCAGCAGCUGGUAGAGAAAUGUGGGAACAGGUGUCACCUUGUCAACGUUAAGGACAUGCCUGAUGACACUAAGAUCACACAGCUGCUAGAGAAGAUAGAAGAGAUGGUGUCAGGAAACAGAGAGAGAUUCUACAGCAGUGAGACCUACCAGGAGGCAGAGAAACAGCUCAGAGAGAUAGAGAGAAUAAUACAGAAAGAGCGAGAGGUGGAGGAGAGGAAACUGAGGGAGGAGAGAGAGAGAAGAGAGGAACUUGAUAAAAAUGUUCAGGAGUCUCUGAAGAUGAUGGAGGGAGAGAUUCAACAGCAUGAAGGAGAAAUUAGAAGAAACAUCAGCAUCACCAAGGAGAAGAUGGAGGGAGAGUUCAACAGACAUAUGGAGGAGAAGAACAGAGAGAUGGAGGGACUGCUGGACACUGUACAGAAACUCAGUCGUUUGGUGGAGGAGGCUGACGAGCAGAGAUCUCUUCAGAGUUGA